UCCGCGCGGCCGCUGCCAGGGCUGAGCGGUCUCCGGCAGAUCCUGCGCCCGCCCAGCCGCUCUGCCUCGCGGCGGGACAGCAGAGGGCCCCGCCUGGGUCACGUGCUGCCCUUGCUGUUGCCGCUCGUUUUGGUCGUGGCGGUACCUUCUCGAUUGCCCUCCCAGGGUUGGGUGCCGCCUCAGGCCUAGCUUCGGCCCAGUGUGGCGGUGCCAAGGAAUGGGACUUUCAAGUCUCAGAAAGCAAUUUUCAAUUUUUUUCUCCUCUAACGGGUAGGGUGGUUGCGCUGUGGGUGGAUAAACAGGGGUCUCCCAUGGAGACAGCAGCGUGACUUUAGAAGUGUUCCAGGCGAUGCAUGUGUUGCAUAUGGUCAUUGUGACACUCCCUGGCAGUGACAUUGAAAUGCAUCACAUCUACAGCAUGUUUGAGUUCUAGGGAAUUAUGAUUAUGCUACAUUAAACUCGAACGUUGUUUAUAUGCAACCUGAGCUGUUUCACGGAUUUUUGUGUGUCGUUAAAGAGGUAAUUGCUGGGAUGCUUUUUGACAUGGAUGGAAUGUUUUAUUGGCUGUAACGCAGCAGGAUGAAUAAAGGAAAGUUACUGUGACUAUCAGAGGGCACAAUGCAGAAUCCUUUAACUCUUUCUGAAGUAGGGUUAAAAAGUGUGUCCGUUUUGACUCCCCCAAUAUCGAUAAACGGAAAUCCUCUUCUGGGAUAAUAAGAAGUGGAAAAGGUUUUCAGAAUAAAAGUCAGUUUAGGACAAUUGCACCAAAGAUGGUACCUAAAGUGAUAACAUCAGGGGUAGUGUCGUGUCUUCCACCUGUUCUUCCUGAACAAACUAAUCCUAUUUCGUCUGCAAGCUCUAAACCACUUAUAAUGCCAACACAAAACUAUACUCUAAUGCAAGUUGCUGGUCGUGAGGGAACUUUUUCUCUUGUAGCUUUACCACAUAUCACCCCUGCACUGGCAGCACAACAAAUUCAACAAUCAAAUGUGCCCCCUCCUGAAAACCUCAAACUACCUAUUCCUAGGUAUCAAUCUGUAAAAAAUAAAUUGUUGAUUGACAAAAAAACAAUUCAAACCUCUUCUUCAAGUGCACAUAACAAGAUUCCCAGCAAGGUACAAAUUUCAUCACAGACACCAGCAAUGACUACUUCAACUGGAGAUCUUCCUGAAGCUCAUUCUACUACAGAUUCAUCUGAACAAGUUAUUUUAAUUGAUCAUGGUUCUACUGAAAUUACAGUUGCUACUUUACUCAGUGAAAACAACUGUGUAGAAUCUGGAUCUCCUUUACUAAACAAAACCGAAACUGCUGAAGAUAGUAUUUCGGGACCAUCUGUCAUUAAAGAAUGUUUGUCCAAGCCAAUGAAUCCAAGUAAUCCUGUGAAAAUAAAUCUACAUUCCAUGAAAUCAACUAUCGAAGCCACAAAAGGCUCAGUCAUAACAUCUGAGAAACUUGAAGAAAAACUGGUGAAUUCUACAAAUUCUGUCACGGUCCUGUCACCGGCAAUAUUUGGCAAUGAAGUUCAAUUGACUCAGUCCACACCAAAAGGAAAACUUCCUAUUUUGCCAUAUUCAAGAAUGAAAAAUGCAAUGUUCUGUAAAUCUAAACAAAAUUCUAACACUGUGGCUACAUCUUCUCCUGGGCGAAGACCUGAAUGUGAAAAAAUACCACCUUUGGUAAAAACCUUUAAUGUUUCUACCAGAGUUUAUGAUAAACUACUAGCAAUAUCUUUUGCACAAAUCUCCAAACAAGCCCCCCGUGAAAAUACCUUCAGUCCAGCCACUAAACUGGAUGUUGAUAAUCUAAAGAAAUUGAAUGGUGUCGUCUCUAAGAGAAGAGGCAGAAAACUAAGAACCCCAGAUGAUAUAUUGGCAUUUCAGACCAAAAGAAGAAAGUGCAUCAUUAAUAAAUUUAGAGAGGGUAAAGAGAGAGUAAAAGUUGAUCCCCAUGAAUCAAAAGACAGUAGGGCUGAGUCAGUUAAAAAAUACCGUAGUAUCAGACCAAAACCUGUAGUUAUGCAGGCUUUAGCUCCACCGACUUCUGCGGCUAUAAUAGAGACUCAGACUCCUGACUGCAUAGAACAAGACAUUUUCUUAAAUGAUACACUUCCAAAUAAAUAUUUAAGCUAUAAGCAGAGUGAUGUCACUUCUGUUAAACAAAGUGAUCUGUGUAGAAAUUUAUUUUCUGCUGUACCUAAGCCAUGGCAUAAGUGCCAUGUCUGUAACCACAACUUUCAAUUUAAACACCAUCUUCAGGACCACAUGAACACACACACAAAUAGACGGCCUUAUAGCUGUCGAAUUUGCCAGAAAGCAUAUGUUCAUUCAGGAAGCCUAAGCACUCACAUGAAGCUUCAUCACAAUGAAGGUAGACUCAAGAAACGUCUAUGUUGUGAGUUUUGUGCCAAAGUAUUUGGCCAUGCAAGAGUAUACUUUGGCCAUCUGAAGGAAGUACACAGGGUUGUUAUCAGCACCGAGCACUCCAUAGGUGAACAGCAACUGCAAGAUGCUUUAAAGAAUAGAGACAUAAAUAUAAAAGGAGCAGAAGAAACAAUAGAGAGGGGAAAUAAAUGCAAUUUUGAAGAUUUAUUUCAGAGUCAAACAGAAGUCAAAUUACAGAUCAAAUGUGCCAGAUGCCAGUUUACUGCACAGUCUUUUGCUGAGAUGAAGUUUCAUUUGUUGUGUUUUCAUGGCGAGGAGCUCCCAGGAAGAAUAAAAGAAGGAAUUCUACAGGGAGGCAAGGGAGCUCAGGAAGAACUGAUCAAACAUGCAGCUCAUUUCUGGAAGCAGCGCAAAGAGAGACGAAAUCCAAUCAAACAUGGCACUUGUGAGGAGGAGUUCUAUGCUUUUCCAAAACUGAAAAGGCAAAUAUAUCUUCAUCAAAAUAAUUUUGAUACUUUAACUAAAAGUGAGGUUAUUCCAUCAGGUAACAGUGAACCAGGAAAGGAGUUGCAAAAUUUUGGUUGUGCCACAGAAAAUAAAAAAAUUCAAAUUUGGUGUAAAGCUGAUUAUAACUGCAUUUUAUGCAAGCAAGUAUUUGGAAGAAAAGAGGGGCUUUUCAGUCAUUGGCAGAAUCAUCAUCAUUGUGAAGACCCCUCUGUUCUUUGGACUAUUUUUAAUUCAUUCUCCAAACAGGGAGUUAUUGAACUUUCUAAUAACGCUGAAAAAUGAAGCAGUGGCAAAAUUCAGCUAGAAAAGUAUUCCGUUUCCAAGGUUAUUGAUUUAUUUGUGUCUGAUUUGCAAUGUAACAAAAAUUUACAAUUAAUUCACUCAUUCUCUUUGGUGAUCAGUUGCAGUGGUUUUACAUGUAGUUUAGGUUUGUUUGCUGAAUACAAAACUCUUAAUUCUCACCGUAGGCCUUUUCAGAUAUAUAUACAUACACACAAGCCUGUUAUAUAAUGCCAUACUUAAUAUUGAUGCACAAGGACCUUCACAGAAACAAGUAUGCAGAAAUGUUAGAGGUUGAAAUUAAGAAGAAAAAGGGAGGAACGGAUAUUAUAUUCUGUUGUACUCAGAGACAUUAAUGUUGCCCUUUGUAAAGUAAUGGCGUACAAAUGUUCUUCUUGUACAGAAUGACAAACCAGAUUGAAAAUAUAACUUUCAGUCUUAACAGUGCCUCCAGAUUUUAUGGGAAAUGUAUAUAUGCAUGCAGUUUUCUGGGUGCAUGUUAAGAUUUAAUGUCCAUGAUUUUUUAUGCUUAUAGAUAUGGAGCACAGUUGUACACUGGGACAAUAGAAAACCACAAGAAAAAGUAUUAAUGAACUCCAAGGAGUAUGGAUUUCUUUAGAAGUCUUCAGAACUUAAGCUUUACUUAAAAAAAAAAAAAGUUUGAUAUUCUUCACACUGCUGGCUCUUUGAUUCCUUCUGCACUAACAAUCAAGGUUAUAAGCCUUGUUUAAAGUCUGUUGGGACCAAAUGGGGUUCCCAUAUUGUUUGGCCAGCCAAUGUAGACACUGCCUAAAAGUUGUGUUUAUGCUACUAUGAGCUAAAACCUUGUUUACACCUAGACUCUUUUGGAGACACUAAUGUAGAUGGCUUAGGUACUAUGUUGUCUAACAGUGCUCAAAGGAGGUAAAAUGACAAUGAUAAAAAUGCUGGUGCUCCUUUUACCCUAUUGCUUCCUCCAUUUCUACCAUCUGUCGAGCUGUACCUGUGGUAGUGCAGUCAUGGAAGAAUUAUGCAUAGAAAGUCUGAGGUAGGCACAUACUACUUUGCUAAAACUCUGAAAAGUCCAAGACUUUAGCCUGGUUAUGGGAACAUAGGAAGAUAGGGUCUAAAAAGUGUUGGAUUCUCAUAGUGAGAUCCUGGAAGAUAUUACAUGAUUUUUCUGUGUUUUCUGUAACAUCAUUAAAAGUUUGAUAAGCCGAUAACUUUUGAAUGACAUUCCUUAUCCUAUAACGCUGUUUGGUGUUCAAGUAUGAGACUGGAGCCAAAUAAAAUAGAAAACAAAAAGGAAAAAUCUCACAGAAACGGCAUUGUUUGAGGAGGGGGAAAAGUCCCUGUAGAAUUUGACAACUUCCCCCCAAAUUCCCAUUGAUUCAAAUGCUUGGUGGUUUCAUUACUUUAACUUUUAUCAGAAAAAUACUAUUUUCAUAUGCCAAACUAGUUCUGAAAUACUUUAUUUUAUGUUCUGGUGGGUGGUUUUGAUGACUUGUAAAUCUCUACUGCCUGUAGAUAUAAAAACUCUUCAUACUCUGAUGCUAACGUGUAUCCAUAUUGUACUUUCACAUGUACUCUUACUGAAUAGAUGAAGUAAACAUGUGCAGAACAUGUAGAAAGGAAUACUUUUAAAGUUGAGUGUUUCUUUUCAAACAAGGAGUAUAUUUCAUUUAGUACAGUGUAUUUACACUAAGAAGUAUUCUUUCCUGAAUUAGUAUGUUUUCAUUGAGAAGGACACUUCUGAAUUAGCCUUUGCUAAUUUUCAAAUUCAAGCUUUUUAGACUGGUGUCUUUGAGACUAAAUUCUAGAAUAUAAGAAUAAUUCCUCCGCUAGUUAUAUAGUUAAAACACAUCAAAGGAAAUUGUGUAACACUCACUUUUUGUUUUCAUUAAAUAAUAAUUUAAAGAUGUUACAACCGUCAUGUUUAAAAGGACAUGGGUUUUAAUUUUUUUGUCCUCCCUUUGUUUUAAGAUCUAGCCAAAACCUUGCAAAUAAAAAAAUCUUCCUUUCUGUUCUGCUCAUGUUUUUUUAUUGCAAAUAUUAAUUCCGCCCUCCCCAAAAAAAAUCCCCUUUCCUUCCAAUGUAUUUUUAAAGGAGCUUAAAUAGAUACAGCUUUAUUCUCUUCCUUCUGUUCAGGAGUAGCAUUAGUGAUGUCAGAGCAGUUCUUGGAAAAACCCUAAGAAAAUAUUUGACAAAAUGCUGCUGCAACAGAGCCAGCAAGAUGGAAGGGCAAGCACACACAUUUACCCUUUUUUUUUUUUGGUUUUCACCAAACAACAAAUACUAAUUUUCUAUUCUCUCUCUCUAUAUAUAUAUAUAAAAGCAUCUGUGGUGAUUUUUCUUUUAAAAUAAGAAUUAGAAUUCUUCACAAGCCAUGAGAUCCUCACUUCCUCUUCAUUCAGCCCCUUGACAAUGGGUAAAAGAGCCAGAGAGGCAUAAAAGAUCCUCAUAUUUCAUCAGUUUAAAGGCAGAUGAGACCAUGGUUCUAAGCUACUUCUCAGUGUCAUCUUGAGUGCUUAUAAUCAGUCACUAAAACAAAAAGGUUGAGACAUAUUUUAUAAAUUUCAGGUUUUUAUGAUUAUAAUAGCCUGUGCAAGGAAAUACAAAGUUUUGGGUAUUUGAAAAUAGUUCAGUAUUAAUUACAGAUAUAUACUUUGCUUUACAUGUGCUUUUGCUUGGAAUUUGUACUCAAUAUGAUAAUAUUCGGAAGCAACAUGUGGAAGCCUAUUUACAGCACCAUUAAAUAAAACAAAUUUACUGCUAAA